UUGUAUCCGAGUUGAGAAAAUGUCCAACCUGGCCAAAGUCCCUUUUCUGACAGGUGUCAGGCGGUUGUUUUAUUUAGUGUCAGUGAAUGAAACUUCCUUUAAAGAUGUCGAACAAGUUCCGUUGUACAUUAAUGAAGCAACCCCCUUCUUCUUUGUAUGCAUUUUUCUGGAGAUGGCAAUCAUGUGGUACAAAAAGGACAGGAAAGCCCUAUUCAAUGAUGGUGCUACAUCUAUCGGUGCUGGACAAUAUUCACGACUCCCAAUGUUUCUAUUGAAAUCCAUCAUGUACACUGGAUAUAUAUGGGUGUAUGACAGAUAUCAUAUUUACGAGUUGCAGUGGGACUCUGCAUGGACAUGGUGGAUAUGCUUCCUGGGAGUGGAUCUAGGAUAUUACUGGUUUCACAGAUUGGCACAUGAGGUGAAUUUUAUGUGGGCUGCUCAUCAGGUACAUCACAGUUCUGAGUACUACAAUUUCACAACAGCUCUCAGACAAUCUGUGCUUCAGGUUUACACAUCCUGGGUUUUCUAUCUUCCUCUUGCCUUAUUUAUGCCACCCUCUGUUUUCAUGGUCCACCAAGAGUUGAAUAUUUUGUAUCAGUUUUGGAUCCACACUCAGUACGUAAAAUCACUGGGUCCUCUGGAAUACAUUCUGAACACACCCAGCCACCACAGAGUGCAUCAUGGGAGAAAUCCAUACUGUAUUGAUAAAAACUAUGCAGGCACUCUCAUCAUCUGGGACAGGUUGUUUGGUACCUUUCAAGCUGAGGAGGAAGAAGUUGUGUAUGGUCUGACACAUCCAUUAAAUACAUUUGAUCCAAAUGUCAUUCAGUUUGGAUAUCUGCAGGACAUGAUUGGGAGGUUUAGGGAGAUGAAAGGAUGGAGAAACAAACUGAAGGUGUUGUUCUGUGGGCCAGGGUGGGCACCUGGUAAACCUAGAACAGGGGAUAUAAAGGACAUUCCUGUGGUGAAGGCCCCCUGGCCUCAGUACCAUGUCGGACUCCCCAAAUGGGUCAGUGUAUACACUGUAAUACACUUCUCACUGGAACUUCUGUUCUAUCAAGAAGUGGCUGCCAGGAAGGAUGGACUGUCACAGUUAUCUGUCUUGCUGUUUGUCCUCCAUAUUGGAUUUUGUCUGACCAGCUUUGGGAAGAUUUUUGAUAACAAUCCCUCUGCCCCCCAGUAUGAGCUUCUAAGAUGUCUUCUGACUUUAGUUGGUGAAGUCUUGCUCUGUCACUAUGGUUUCUAUGGCGCCCCCGGUUACAGACCCUUCUUUGUCAUGGCUCUACAGGGAGUAUUUUUAUUCUCUUUCUGCUUGUGGUCUUCUGUCAUAUACAGCAAAACCAUGAAAACCCAGAAAGUGGAUUAGCUUCAGCUCUUGAUAUUUUUCUGUGACAAUCACCGAAUAUCUGUGAUAAUAUUUUAUAUCAGGUGUUUUAUGUAUACACUUUGUUGACAUUCAAGUAAUAUUAUGAUUUUAUGAUUUGUGAUUUAUGCAACUAUCAUUGUUCAUCAGUGUUGAGUGAGUAUGAAAAUAAUGUCAAUCAAUUAGACAAUCAAAUUAAUCUUGGUGGGAAUUCAGACAUAAAACUGAACAAGAUGCUUAGAAUUUGUAGAUUUUUAUUGAUAAGUUUAUGGUGCUAU